AUGACAAAGAUCGCACUCUUCGGCUCCAGUGGCCAGAUCGGCCAGGCAAUGCUACGAGCCCUUCUCAGCACAACCUUCCACGAGAUCAUCUCGAUUGACCAGCCUGCUUCGGAAGACAAGGCAAAAGAUAUCGCUGUCGGCUCAGAAGAUAAGAGGCGACUGAAGACUGUUGGGAUGGAUAUACUGGAAGCAAGCACGGAUGAAAUAGCCUCGACCCUGGGCGGAGUAGAGGUUGUUGUCAGCGCUUUGAACGGGAAAGCCCUCACAACGCAAGGCAAAAUCCAAGACGCAGCCGACAAGGCUGGCGUCAGGCGCUUUUUCCCUAGCGAAUACGGCAUGCACCAUAUCUACACGGAUGAGAAAGGUCGUGGAAUCCUACACCCUACAUGGAACAUGAAAGAGGAGGCCAUUUCCAUAGCUCUCCAUCAUCCGGCCAUCGCCGCAGGCAGAAUGACCUACACGCUCAUCGGCUGCGGCGACUUCUACAACCAGGACCGAGAGAAAGUCUGGUGCCCAUGGACUCAGCGAGAUGCGCCCUCUUAUACCCUGCACAUUCUAGGCGACGCCGAUGCUAAGGUCGACUUCACACAUAUCAACGACCUCGCGGCAUUCCUGGUGGCCACUAUCGAUAAUCCCAGUGUCUCGGAAAAUAAGUCGCUAAACAUCGUGAGUGACCACUUAAGUUACAACGAGCUAGCGGCUCUCUUGGAGAAGUACUCGAAGAAGGAAGUGAGGAAGGUGGUAUAUCCGAUUGAGGCUAUGCACCGCGCUUGGAAGGAUCCGCAGGAUAUUCCGGAAGAGGUCAAAGGAAAGAGCGCCUUUCCGGAUGACUUUUGGAUGCUCGUCAAGGGGAUGCAGGGGUCAGGGCGGUUCUGGCGGCCACCGGGCCAGGUCCAUAAUGAUCUGUUCCCGGAUCUGAAGGUCAUGACGUUCGAAAGAUACUUCCAGAGCAGAUUUACAUCUUGA